AUGGCUUCCCACGAGACAUCAAACCAUGAUCUAGACCGGGGUCUCUGGUCCUUUGAUCUCCUCAACGAUGAAUUUGCCUUGCCUGCAAGACAUAAUGCAGCCGAUAAUGCCAGCCUUGACCCAUUACAGGUAUCCCCAGCAGACGUUAGCGAGGAUGCGUGGUGGGCCCCUCUUCCAGCUGAGUUGGAUAUCGGCUUCCAAGAACCAGUUAUUCUUGGCGAAAACGGGCGGCAUCUAAACGAUUUCACUUCCCUUUUAGCCUUAACAAACGAUACAUCGCCAUCUUCAUCAUCGUUUGCCCACCCUCAUCAGCUUGAGCAGAAUCCUGUCUUAGCUUCGUCAGAGGCAUGCCAGACCACUCACUCCACGACCAGCCCAGAUGUGGACGAUGCGGUUACCCCUCCCAAGAUCGGCACCAGGUUCACCAGAGAGUCUAUCCGCAUACUGAAAAGCUGGCUCGCGGCCCACAAGGACUCACCUUAUCCCGAUGAAGCCCAGAAGAGGCGGCUUCAAGAGAGGACUGGGCUCAACAGGACACAGCUCAUGAACUGGUUGGCCAACGCUCGCCGUCGUAACAAGAGCUUGGGUUUGCGAACUGCUGCUUCUCAACAGUUUGAGCAGCCGAAACCCAUCUCCAUCCCUCGACCACCCACCCCAGCCUUUCGGGAUGGUUCCUCGUUGAAUCCCCUCGAGCGAUGGGUCGAGUCUCCACCAGAACAUGAACCAGCUUCGGCUUUUGAUAUUGCCAGGGCUGUUGCUUCCAACUCCCCACUCGCCGAAAAUUCGGCUGGUUCACCCAGCUUCGACCCAUCAGGUUACCCUCGCAGAACUCCUUCGGCCGGAAGUGUCGACACUUCAAGGUCCAGUGGCGGAUCUUUCUCCUCUGCCAAUUCAUACGGUAGCCAGUCGUCACUCAACACUUUUGAACCGUUUCGGCACGCUCGCUCGCGCCGCAGAAAGCGAGCUUUCAAGCGUAGCGGUCCCAGAACCCCCUUGAGCGCAGCUGGCAAGACCUUUCAGUGCACGUUCUGCACAGAAACUUUCGGGAGGAAAUAUGACUGGCAGCGGCAUGAGAACUCGUUACAUCUACCCCUGGAAAGAUGGAUUUGCGCCCCUGCUGGCCCUCGCUGUCCGAACCCAACCAACGACAACUUGGAAUGUUGCGUAUUCUGUGGGCUGGCCGACCCAAGCGAUCAACACAUCAACAGUCACCACUAUUCCGAGUGCCAGAAUCGAGCCCCCGAAGAGAGAACCUUUAACCGAAAAGAUCAUCUCAGACAGCACCUACGAUUAUUUCAUAGUGUCAGCUAUUCAGAAUGGUCCAUGGAGCAAUGGAGAGUUCCAACGCCAGAUAUCCGCUCACGGUGUGGCUUCUGUCAUCGGACGAUGACCACUUGGGAAGAACGGGCAGAUCACCUGGCGAACCAUUUCAAACUGGGCAAGACGAUGGCUGAUUGGGAUGGAGACUGGGGCUUUGAUCUCCCCAUUCUUCAGAUUAUCGAGAAUGCUAUCCCUCCAUACAUCAUCGAAACCGAGCGCCAUACCCCGUUUCCGUUUCAAGGAAGCAGAGCACCCGUUGAAACACCAAGAAGUGCAUACGAGCUUAUCAAGCUUGAACUCGCCUAUUUCAUGCAAAAGUACUUUGACAAUAACGGAAACAUGCCAACAAUUGAGACUAUGCAACUCGAAGCUUGCCGCAUCAUUCUAGCUUCAAAGACUGGCACAGAACGAGAAGAAAAAAGUCAGGCAUCAUGGCUAGAGGAUCUCAUCUUGUCAAAUCAAGAUCUUCUCCAAAAGGCACGUCUAGGUUCGAUCCGGUCCCCUAGAGAGAGCAGGCUGUCUUCCAUGAAAAUCAACGGGAAGAAAGACAUGUUUGAGGGAUGUGCUUUUGAGUCCCAGCUCCAGGAUUUCGUGCGUGCUCGAACCUCCGAAACUCCCAUCACCGAUCACGAGCUUCAACAGGAGGCAUGUCGCGUUGUCGUGAAUAUAGAAAGGAUAUCACUCACGCCCUCUGAUUUCAUCGCAACUUGGCUGGCUCGGCUCAUACACUCCUCUACUAAUUGGUUAUCCCAUUUCCGUCAACGGAUGAAUAUUCCCCAAAUCAGCGGAGUCGAUACGAAACUCUCUAGUGCAUUCCACGACUAUGCUCAGCUCGACUUGACAAGGGACACCCAGACCAGGAGCAGUCCGGAUCUAGACAUGGAGAUGGGAAGUCUAUCUCCUCCCACUCUAGGGAUGCCUUGCAAGGCGCGCUCACAAACCGAAGCCGACUUCUGGUUAUCUGCUUUCCACUCCUUUCCAGAACCCACGAAACACGCCCCGGUACAAACAACCGCAGCAAUACUCCCUAACCCUACGGCUUCAGAUGGCAAGGCAAGUGGCGUGAACAACAGUGAAGUGAUGCAAAGGAGCAGUGAUCAACAGUCCCUCCUUGAUGCCCGCUCCAUUAUGAUGAAAACAAACGGCUUCUUCUUAGGUGGUCCAAACUUUUAUCGGUGGAUUGCUGAGGAGCUUCACCGUUGGGCGAUUGCAACCAUGUCCCCUCACAAUCCAGCUCAGCAUGUUCCAACGGAUGAGGAGAUUCAACAUUAUGCUCGGUGGAUAGCUUACAAUGACGGCGAUCCUCUCAAUCAGACAGUGGCGGAUAAUCCUUACUGGCUUGCACACUUCAAGCGAAAAGCAGGCAUUGCAGGGAAUGAAUCAGGAGAUAAGGGGCCCGGAUAA